UAAUUGUAUAAUUCAAUUGAAAAAAUUGUACCCAUUCUUGUUUAGUUUUUUCUUUGGAAUUUUAGUCCUAAUGGCAGUGCGAUCAAUAUUUCUUCUUCAGUGCUUUUUCUUAUGUUCUAUUCUUUCUGGGAAUGUUGAUGGUUAUACUGUUACCGGUCGAGUAAAAAUUCCCAUCUUUAGCUUGAAAGGAUCUGGUUUCUUACCUAAAGCUUCAAAUGUUAAAGUCAUACUCAAUGCUGGCCAAAGAGUUACUUUCUUGAGACCCAAUGGGUAUUUCUCAUUUCAUAAUGUUUCAGCAGGGACACAUCUUAUUGAGGUGUCUGCAAUUGGCUACUUCUUUUCUCCGGUUCGAGUUGAUGUCAGUGCCAGAAAUCCAAGUAAGGUUCAAGCAGCGUUAACCGAGAACAGGAGGAGUCUGAUUGAGUUGGUUUUGGAGCCAUUGAGUGAGGAGCAGCAUUACGAGUUAAAGGAACCUUUCUCCAUUAUGUCUCUGGUUAAAAGUCCAAUUGGCCUGAUGUUCGGAUUUAUGCUGUUUGUAAUGUUUGUGAUGCCAAAAUUAGCAGAAAAUGUUGAUCCUGAAGAAAUGAGACGAACACAAGAGGAGAUCUUGAGAAACCAAGGCACUCUUUCAAGCUUGUUACCUGGGGCUCAAAGUACCAACUAGAGAUAGGAUUUUUUGGCCAUUCUACGAAAAAGCUGGAUUCUUCGUAAACUCAGUUCCAACGAUCCUUAUCAAGGUUUUCUCUUUUAAAGUCAAUGAGUACCAUCAUUAGUUCAUUUAUCACUUGCAAAAAUCUCUCGUCUCGUUUUGGUUAAAGUUCUAGGCCUCUAGUAUCAGUUUUAAUGUUUUAUGCAUCGAUGGUUGUCCUAAGAAUGAUUUAAUACUGAAUUUGCCUGUAUUCGAAUUAGUGUUGCCAUUCUUGAUCACUGUAUACGCUUGUGUUAAUACAAGUUUAUUGGAACCAUCAGUUAAUAGCUCUAAGGAAAAAGGAAAUUCACAACAGAGUUUGGAAGUAAGUUGCAAGAUAAUUAAUACUCUUUCUAGUAUUCUACUUCUGUUCUAAACAAACUGUUGGGGUUGUAUGGUAGUUCGUUAAAUAUAAAUCGUGCAUUAGUAAUAUCAUGUUUGAUAGCAUUUUGUAAUGAUGUAGUCUAAAAUUUAAAACACAUUAUUUUAUGCAGGAUAGAAGAUAAAAUAACUAAAGGUACGUAGAUUCUCUCGUAACAAAUUUAUGUAUCAACUAACUAAUAUCUACCUGACUCUACCCAAUUACCAAACAACCCCUCGACGUCUACAUAACUAAGCAUUGCAUGAAGAAACAUUUGAUAACACAUCAAAUUUGUAUGUGAAGUACAUCAUAUUACAUAUAUCAUCAAUGAUGGUGGAAUAGAUAGGAUCUCUCGUGCUUAAUCAAGAGGUUCUGAGUUUAUUUUU